UACUUGAUAACGCAUAAAAGGCGACCAAAUGGCUGCUACACUGCACUGCUAGAUAUUCACUUAUAUAGGCUAGAGUAAGAUAAUCUCAAGAUGAUGUCAUACCUUCCUUUGAUUUUUACCUGUGCUCUGUUAGUAGGGAAAGUAGAAGGGCGAGUUACCUGGAAUCGAACCAAGUUGGAAUCAUUCCAAGCUGAAGUCGCUACAACUACUUCGACGCCUACGGAGCAAGACUGCCCCGGAGGCUACUCCCUCGUGGGCGACAAAUGCCUCUUGUUCGUGACCUUUGUUGCCGAACCCUAUGGGGAAGCGAGACAGUUCUGCCAUGCUGCCAAAGCGGAACUAGCUGCCAUCACCACGGCCACGGACUUCAAGAAUUUAGUCGAUUACAUCCAUGGCAGCGAUUUCUCCGGCGCGGAUUUCUGGUUGGACGGAAGCGACGAAGCAGAAGAGGGCGUCUGGGUGACGUCGUCGGGAGAAGCCGUGCCCUUGGGAACCCCCUUCUGGGCCGCCUUUGGAAGGGGUCAGCAACCUGAUAACAACAAUGGGAAUGAACACUGCUUGUUCAUUCCAUCUGGUUGGUUUUUCUACAUGGCGGAUAACCCUUGUUCUGUCGUGAAGAACUUCAUAUGUGAAGCCACCAACCAAAUGAGGAAGGAGACCGCAAGCGCAGCGCUGGCUCCCUUCGGCCCGUCGGCGGUGGGCGGCCGCGUCGCCUGCCCCGUCCUCUUCAUAGAGGUCGGAGGGCUUUGCCUGAUGUUCGUCACGUGGGCGGAGGAGACCUGGGAGGACGCUCGGCGGGCGUGCACGGGAGCCUCCGCCGAACUCUUGGCCAUCACCGACGUCGAGGUGUUCCGAGCGCUGUACCUCUACAUACAUCAAGAUAAUUUAUCAAGCCACGCCUUCUGGCUUGGAGGAUCCGAUUUAACGAGUGAAGGGACAUGGGUCUACACCACAGGGGAGCCUGUUCCCAUGGGCACCCCUUUCUGGGGUAUAUCCAAUUUCGAUGCUCCUAUCCAGGAACCCGAUGGAGGAACCGAUCAGAGCUGCCUUGCGAUCACUGGAGAAGGUUAUUUCAAUUUCAGAGAUUAUUCUUGUGCUUCGACGUUUAACCCGCUGUGUGUCUAUACUGGAUGAGCAAAUAGCGUGUGAAACAUAGAAAAGAUAGAAAAAAAUAACAGAAAAGUAUGUAUAAAGGAAAUAAAUCUUUGACUUUUGUUUUGUAAACAUUCUUUAGGGAAACUUUCAGAAGUUCUUAAGAGGUUCAUUUACAUACCAUGGCCAUGGGUCUUGCUCCAUCUACAUCACAGGCUUCUCAGAUUUGUUUACAUGACUUUUCUUUAUUUCCAUUUCUCUCAGUCUUCUCAACACAUACAUGCACAUGAACAAACACUCAAACUUACACAUGCACUUACACACACACACACACAUUCUCACUCUCAUUCACACAUACACACAAACCAAAUUAGUGUUACAUGCAAAAGCUGUGUCACGGUCAACAGGAGGCAAAUAAAAAUAUAUGUAUGGAUAUGUAGUGGCAAUGGUUUUUUUUUCUAUGAUUUCAAUAAAUUUGUUUCUCAGCAAUGAA